AGUCUUGCUUCUGACGGACAUAUUUAGCUGUUACUCAACGGAGCAAACGUGUGUUUAUAUUUUCCAUGCUGCUUGAUUUGUUAUGAAUCCGCGAAUAGUGUGUACUAGUAAACCGCUACUGACGAACCUUUACAGAAUAUAGAUAAUGCUCUCCGAUAUGCAAUUGCGUUAAUUUGAUUGGGAUUUUUUCAGCAAGUAACGUUAUCCUGUCAGACAAGCUCGCUAGCUAACGUUAGCUCAUUUUAGUACAUUAUUGGGCUAGCAAGCUACGUUAGUUACAAUGAAGAUCAAAAGACAAAAGCAAGCCAAAAAAAACAUCAAUUUCUACAAACACAACUUCAGUUUUAGAGAGCCCUUUCAAAUUCUGAUCGACGGGACGUUUUGCCAGGCGGCACUGAAGAAUAAGAUCCAAAUCAAAGAACAGAUGCCGAAAUACCUAAUGGGAGAGGUGCAACUUUGUACUACAAAUUGUGCGCUGAAGGAACUUGAAUCAAUGAAGGACCUCUAUGGUGCCAAACUCAUCCUGCAGCGGUAUCAGGUUAGGAACUGCAAGCAUUUCAAGAACCCCGUCUCUGUGUCAGAGUGUCUGCUGUCCAUGCUGGAAGGGACUAAUCCUCACCACUACUUUGUUGCCACACAGGACAAAGAGGUGACAUCAGGCCUGAAGAAGAUCCUAGGCGUGCCACUCCUAUAUAUUAUCCUCAACACCAUAGUGUUGGACAAGCCCAGCCUAUGCUCUGUGAACCAUGUGCAGGCUGUGGCUCUGAGAGAGAUGGUCACCCCAGCCCAGCAGCAGAGCAUCAACAGCCUGAAGGAGGUGCAGGGGAUUGGGCAGGAUGGAGAGCGCCAGGGCAAGAAGCGUAAGAGGAAAAUCUCCAACCCCAACCCGCUCAGCUGUCUGAAGAAGAAGAAAAAACAGCCACAGCUGCUUAAGACUGAGGGCAAAAAGAAGAAACGAAGCCGGCAAAGGAAACGCCGCAAGCCAGAGGGAGGGGAGGGUCCAUCCCUAAAACCAACCCCAAACCCCUAGUGGUGGGAAGAGACUUAUGUUUUGAGGGCAGGAUAUAACCAAUGUCCCCCCCCCCACCACUAUUCCCAAAGGUUGAACAACUGAAUAUAAGAAAGACUGUACAUCUUUUUUUUUUUUAUACAUAGAUAAUGACCGUUUUAUAUCUUUACUAAACCAAUUUGCUCCUCUGUAUUUGCCAGUUUAAAGGUAUCCCAAUUCAAUGUCUGGAGAACAUAUUUUGAAGAAGCACACAGCCAUGAUGUCAGCAUGCUUCUAAAAAUGUAUCCUUAAACAGUUCAUUCUUGUUUUUUGAACAUCAAGGUAUUGAUCUAAGUCAUUAUAGUAAGUCCAUAGCCAUUAUACCCAAUUCACUCACUCAAUGAACCAGCUAUGAAAAGGAUUCAUUGACACAAACUGUUGAAACGGUAUUCAUUUUAUUAGAAAAGUAACACGUUGCUGGGCCUCAGGACUACAGGCAUGGCAUCAUAAUACACUUCAGCAACAGUAUCUACAAGGUGUCAUUUUGGGUUUUAUACAAAAAGAAUGUACGUUUACCGGCGCAGAGUUUAAAAGGGAUGAGCUGAAACAUUACAUGAUAUACAAUUUCAGAAGCUUGUGGAUUUCAAAACAAUGCAUUUGUAAAGGACAGACUGGUAAAGGAUGGUCAGAAUGAUUAUAAAUUGUGCUCUGCAGCUAUGAACCAUAAGAUGAGCAAUAUUGUAUUCAAGCUAUCGAAGAAUGACUGUCACAACACCUAAGCACAUAAAGACUUGCCAUGAUGUUU